AUGGCUUUCAAGAUCCCAGGGCUACCAGAAGUGAGACUUCACUCCCCUUAUUGGCAAAAUGUCAUCAUUGGUAUACUUGUGGGGCUGACUGCCGGCCUCUAUGUCGCUCUCAACCUCCUUGGUGCUGGUGGUGGUCGACCAAAUGCUGCCCAGACGGUGCAAGUUGUCAAUGCCACUUUGUGUGCGGUCUGGUUCUUUUCCGCAUCGUUCGGUGGAACAGUCCUGAACAAAAUUGGUCCCGCCAUCACAGCCUCACUUGGAGUGUUGGGCUACAUCAUCUAUGUCGGUUCGCUGUGGUACUUUGACCAAACGGGCAAAGAGGGCUUCCCAAUCUUCGCAGGAGUUGCUAUUGGUAUCUCGGCCGGGCUGAUCUUCGUCACGAUGGGAUACAUUGCCAUGUCAUAUUCUGAAGAGCAAGACCGAGGCAAAUACAUCACAGUUUCGAUCAAUCUCCAGGCUGUUGGGGCGAUAGUUGGUGGCAUUAUCCCUCUGCUCAUCAAUCGUAACUCUACCGAGGCGGCAGGCGUUCCUCCAUCAGUAUAUAUCGUCUUCAUCGUCGUCAUGUGUAUCGGCAUGGUGGGAGCAUUUGCCCUCAUGCCGCCCGACAAGAUCAUUCGCGAUGAUGGUACCAAGGUUGGCGUUGUUCAAGCUCGAACCUUCACGGAGGAAUUGAAGGCCAAUUUGGAAAUCUUUAGGGACUGGAAACUUCUUAUCAUGAUUCCAGCUUUCCUACCAGCCGAAUGCUUCCUGGUGUACGGUGGCUCCGUCAACGCCUACCACAACAACCUCCGUACUCGAUGCCUCCUAUCCUUCAUCUCAGUGGUGCUGCAGCUCCCGGCAGGUUGGGGUCUGCAAUGGAUUCUCGACAACAAGAGGAUGAAACGACGAACUCGAGCCUUUAUAGGGCUAGGCGUGGUCGGGAUCCCCUUGAUCGCUGCUUGGAUCUGGGAAAUCGUCCGCACCCGCAAUUACGAUCGCUCCAGCCCUGUGGAGCACCCGAUGGAUUGGACUGACGAUGGCUUCGUUGCAAUCUUCUUUCUGUUCAUGAUGAACUGGGUAUUCAGCUCGCUGUGGCAGUACCUUAUCCUAUACUUCCUCGGCACUCUCACAAACUCUCCACGCAAGUCUGCCAAUUAUGCAGGCGUCUUCCGUGGUAUCCUCGGUGCAGGAGAAGCCAUAUGUUUUGGUGUCGACUCGAUUGGCGUGCCAUAUAUGAAAGAGGCGGCCGUCAUCUUCACUUUUUAUACCACCGGAGUGCUGGUUUUCGGUUAUCUGGCCGCUUUUCACAUCCGCGAAACGGAGUAUUUCAACGGUGAAGAUGACGUGGUUAUUCCCAAACAUGUGCUCGAGGAGCACGGCGCCGAGGCUAAGAGCAUUACUGGCGAAAAGGUCCCAAUUGAAGACCAGACUGUCACAAUUGGCGACAACAAAGCUUGA